AUGGCUCAUAGGUUCACCGUCUCUUGGCUCCUGGUCUACUGGCUGGUGGGGACUGUCGCGGAAGCUAACGGUUUCCAGCUGAAUGACAGCAAUAUCCACCUCAGUGCCUCCCUCUACUCUCCUACCCCCUCAGCAUGGACCCCUGCCCGCAGGGAACCCCUGCCCACAGGAGAUUUGGGGAGUCACGAAGUUAUUCGUGAGUCACUGAAGAGGAUCCGACCUGAAAUGAAAAGAGGGACUGGGAAAAUAAUGAGACUCAAGGCGAGGAUCCGAUCAAGAGUCCACUUUAAUGAGGGAGAAGCAAGCUUAUACACCAUGAGCAAAACAAAGAAGGUAGGGGAUGGUCCAGGGGGGCAGGAAGUGUCUGCAGCUGCAGUGUGCAGCUUGUCACCUAGUGUUUUAACUCAGGCAUCAGAGACUCCAUUUUGCUCUCUAACUGAAGGGCCUCCAACACCAAAUCUUCAUCUAAUUCUUUUUCUUCCAGCCUUUCUCCCCUGUGAAGCAGCUUCUUCUGCCUCUGUUUCGGAUACAUAUCCUGACCUACUGUUUUCUCCCACAGGACGGGGAGACAGUCCACCUGGAGUGGACCCGACAGACUGCCAGAUCUUCACCCUCACUCCUCCACCAAUCACAAGACACCCAGUGACAAGGUCCCCACCCUUUAUCUGGACACCCAAGUGUCCCAUUCAUCGUCUUCCACCACGAAGGCCAGGCAUCUACAUUCCAUAUCCAAACAGUCCUCCAAGGUGCAAGCACCGUUUUCAACUCCGUCCAAUUUGGAGACCACUAAAUCGCUUUUCAAAUUAUAGAUAUGUCCGCACAAGACAGCUCCAGAAAGGAAGUUCAUCUGAGAGCAGAGAGAAAAUAAAAACCCCAAACAGGCUGAAGCAAAGGAAAAGAAUGCUUCAGAAAAGACUAAAAUAA